AAGGCCGUUAUUAUAACCUUUGAACUGACUGCAAGCGACCAUCAAAGUUAUUUUUCUUUUCCUAAGAGUCAGAACGAAAUCGUGUUAUGCGGCAGCUGAAUGUCAUGGUUUCCUGGAACCAUGUCUUGUAAAUCUAAAGUGGCCCCAAGUGUAGAUUUUGACCAUAGCUGUUCGGACAGUGUCGAGUAUCUCACUCUCAACUUCGGUCCAUUUGAGACUGUACAUCGCUGGAGACGUCUUCCACCUUGUGACGAAUUUGUUGGAGCAAGACGCAGUAAGCAUACAGUUGUGGCGUACCGGGAUGCCAUCUACGUGUUUGGAGGCGACAAUGGGAAAAACAUGCUUAAUGACUUGUUGCGAUUUGACGUGAAGGACUGCUCGUGGUGUAGGGCUUUUACCACCGGCACUCCACCGGCACCCAGGUACCACCACUCCGCCGUUGUGUAUGGGAGCAGUAUGUUUGUCUUUGGUGGCUACACUGGUGACAUCUACUCAAACUCCAACCUUAAAAACAAAAAUGACUUGUUUGAGUACAAGUUUGCCACCGGACAGUGGACAGAGUGGAAGGUUGAAGGAAGGUUGGUGGCCAGGUCAGCCCAUGGAGCCACAGUGUAUAAUGACAAGCUCUGGAUUUUUGCUGGAUAUGAUGGAAACGCAAGACUAAAUGACAUGUGGACCAUCAGUUUACAAGAUCGAGAGCAGGCAUGCUGGGAGGAGAUUGAACAGAGUGGCGAGAUACCUCCUUCUUGCUGUAACUUUCCUGUAGCUGUGUGCAGAGACAAGAUGUUUGUGUUUUCUGGCCAGAGCGGAGCCAAAAUCACCAACAACCUCUUCCAGUUUGAGUUCAAAGGACACAUCUGGACCCGGAUCCCCACGGAGCACUUGUUGCGGGGGUCUCCUCCACCUCCUCAGAGGAGGUACGGACACACGAUGGUGGCGUUUGACCGUCACUUGUACGUGUUCGGGGGCGCUGCAGACAACACGCUGCCGAACGAGCUGCACUGUUACGACGUGGAUUCCCAAACCUGGGAGGUCAUCCAGCCUAGCACGGACAGCGAGAUGCCGAGCGGGCGACUGUUCCACGCUGCAGCUGUAAUCCACGAUGCCAUGUACAUCUUCGGUGGAACGGUGGAUAACAACGUGCGUAGCGGGGAAAUGUACCGAUUCCAGUUCUCCUGUUACCCCAAGUGCACUCUUCACGAAGACUAUGGCAAACUUUGGGAGAAUCGUCAGUUCUGCGACGUGGAGUUUAUCCUGGGAGAGAGGGAGGAAAGGGUGCUGGGACAUAUUGCCAUAGUGACGGCCCGUUGCCAGUGGUUACGGAAGAAAAUUCUGCAGGCCAGAGACCGUCAGAAGCAGAAGAGUAAGCAGGAGGGAGGAGAGGAGAGCGAGGAGGUCGGGGCAGGCAGUCAGAAGGAGAGCCCCGGAGGCGUGAGGCCCUCUGGAGUGCAGCCGAUGUUGGAGGUGUUCAUUCGAGAGGCUGAGGCCCAGCCGUUUGAGGUUCUGAUGCAGUUCCUCUAUACGGACAAGAUCCAGUAUCCACGUAGAGGUCAUGUGCAGGAUGUUCUCUUGAUCAUGGACGUCUACAAACUCGCCCUGAGCUUCAAGCUCUCUCGGCUGGAACAGCUGUGCGUGCAGUACAUCGAGGCGUCCGUCGACCUCCAGAACGUUCUGAGCGUGUGCGAGAACGCCAACAAGCUACAGCUGGAUCAGCUCAAGGAACACUGCCUCAACUUCGUCGUGAAGGAGUCGCACUUCAACCAGGUGAUCAUGACCAAAGAAUUCGAGCGUCUCUCCACGCCCCUCAUCGUGGAAAUCGUUCGCCGAAAGCAGCAGCCCCCACCGAGAGUGUAUUCAGAUCAGCCGGUAGAUAUAGGAACCUCUCUGGUCCAGGACAUGAAGGCCUACCUUGAGGGAGCAGGUUUGGAGUUCUGCGACAUAGUUCUGCUGCUGGACGGCCAUCCCCGUCCCGCCCACAAAGCCAUUCUGGCUGCCCGCUCCAGUUACUUUGAGGCCAUGUUCCGUUCCUUCAUGCCUGUGGAUGGACAGGUGAAUAUUUCCAUUGGAGAGAUGGUGCCCAGCAAACAAGCCUUCGAGUCCAUGCUGCGUUACAUCUACUACGGAGACGUCAACAUGCCUCCUGAAGACUCCCUUUAUCUGUUCGCUGCGCCGUAUUACUACGGUUUCUCCAACAACAGGCUGCAGGCUUACUGUAAGCAAAACCUGGAGAUGAAUGUUACCGUGGAAAACGUUUUACAGAUCCUAGAGGCAGCGGAUAAGACCCAAGCCCUGGACAUGAAGAAGCAUUGUCUGCACAUUAUUGUUCAUCAGUUUAUUAAGGUGUCCAAGCUCCCAAACCUGCGCUCACUCAGUCAGCCACUACUGCUGGACAUCAUCGAGUCCCUGGCCACUCACAUAUCCGACAAACAGUGCGCCGAGAUGGGCUCCGACAUUUAG